AGAGAGAGAGUGAUUGAGAGAGAGAGAGAUAUAAAAAGAGAGAGCGAGUGAUUGAGAGAGAGAGAGAGAGAGGGAGUAAGAGAGAUAGAUAAAAAAGAGAGAGAGAGAUUGAGAGAGAUGAAAAGUUGUUCUGCUGAAAGUGUACGGAAGGAGGAAGUUGAGAGUUGUGAAUCAGAGAGAUUCAGAGACAGACAGCUGUUAUGAAGACAGACAGCUGUUAUGAAGACAGACAGGUGGUGUGAAGACAGACACAUACAGGUUGUGUGAAGACAGAGAUUAAACACAGUGAAACAGAAUGUAUAAAUUAAAUUAAAUAUGUGGUGAAAGAGGAGACUGGAAAACAACAAAAAGACAACAAGAGACGAGGAUCAGAGACGAGGACCAGAGACGAGGAUAAGAGAAGAGGAUCAGAGACGAGGAUCAGAGAAGUGGAUCAGAGACGAGGAUCAGAGACGAGGAUCAGAGAAGUGGAUCAGAGAAGAGGAUCAGAGACGAGGAUCAGAGACGAGGAUCAGAGAAGUGGAUCAGAGAAGUGGAUCAGAGAAGACGAUCAAGAUUGGUGGGGCUGACAACAGAGCAAGAGAUGAGAAAACACUGGGUCUACUUUCUUCUGGCCCUCGUGCUGAUACAUACAGGCAUAGCCGGCAGUGUGAUCGCUGUGUCUCACACACAGGACAGAGAGCAUCUGUCUAUUACCUGUCGUCUCCUGUCGGAGAUCGACACUGUAUCUCAGAUUAAUUGGGAGAUGAUCAGCAGUCACAACCAUACAACUACCAAACUGAAACUGGGCACCUUCCAUCCCGUGUUCGGUACCUACGUGGUCCCAGUGUACAACGACACUGUGAAGAUUCAAAGUAGUGCCUCCAGCCGUAGUUCCAGACUCGACCAGAAGGGAGGCGCUGUGGAGGAGGUCAGCCAACUCUGCUGUGUUUUCAUCACGUUUCCCUCUGGGGUCCUGGAGCACUGUACACAUACCCGGAUCAAUGAAAUCACUGCAGAGGCCCAGGAGUCAGAGGAUGCACAGCGGCUGCUAGGGGAAAGAACUUUGGAACAGUGGUCCCUGUUGGUAGGAGGCUCUACCAUCAGCAUCCUGGGCAUUGUGACCUCACUGUACUACUGCUGGAAGUACUGCGCCAGACAUUGCUGUCACAGGAGGCGAAUGUUUGAGGUAGAGGCGUAUCUGACAGAUCAACACACAGAAUCAGAAGGGGUCACAGAAGAGCCCCCCCAGCAACCCCCUCUUCCCUCACCCCCCCAGCCUCAGCCCCAGGGUUUUGACCCCUCCAAGCUCUAUGCUAAGAUCAAGCUGGACCUGCUGUAUGGACGGCUGUGGAAGGCCUACCAGGGGACGGCCACAACCUGGGGCCCCACAACACAGCACGGGCCACAACAAGGGCCACAGCACGGGCCACAACAAGGGCCACAGCAAGUGGCAGAGCCAGGGCCACAACAAGGGCCACAAAAGGUCUACUUCCUUCUGGGGGACAAUUGGGCAUCACAGAGGGAAGAACGGGAAGAAUCCGUUCUACAACUAGAACCAGAACAUCAACCACCAAUGACUGAGCCUGAAACUGAGCUAAUAACUAAACCAACCCUGGAUCCUGGGACACAGAUGGAGGAAAUGGAGUCGGACACCGGUUUAUGAGGGGAGUGUGUGUGUGUGUGUGUGUGCGUGUGUGUGUGUGUGUGUGUGUGUGUUGGGAUGAAUAAUGUAUUGUUGACAUUGGUUGAAUAACCCUGAAACUAUCUGUCAAUUAAUACGAUCAAUCUUUAUUGUCCCAGAGGGACAUUUAGUGUGAGAAUAUUAAAAUCAUCUGACCUUUUAAACAGAGUUAAGGGUUUAAUGACCUUUGGCUUUUUAAAGAGACCUGUUAUUACAAGGAGUGAGACAGUGUAUGUUUGUGGCUUUCUGUUAAAUAUAACUGAGUUAUACUGAUUCAUGACCAAUAUACAGUAUAUUCAAUAUUCUUAUGUUGUACUUAACAGUUUUUCUUAUUUUGCAACAAUAUAUUUCAUUUUUCUACUGUAGGCGUAUUACUGAAACCCUUUGAAUAUCCUUUUGCUGUAUACUUAAAAAUACUUUGUAUACUUUUAUUUCAAUAAAAAAAUCGGACCA